GCGGCCGAACGGAAACCAUCGAAAGGGGACGGCGAAGGAGACCGAAGAAGACCGAGUAGAGGUUUCUUGCGUUUUUAUUCCAAUUUCAGUAAUGAUUGGAUGGUUGGGGAAGAGGAUUUGAGAGGAGGGGAGAAGAAAAGGCAAUUUGAGUUCUUGGAGGUGGAAAGGGCGGAGAGAAGGUACAUAGUUUUCCUCCGAAAUGUCGAUCUUUUGCAGAAAUUGGGAAUUUUUCCCCAAUUAUCUUGCAAUAAUCCGACGCAAAGUUUCUUAGUGAAUAAUCUGGGAGAUUUUUACCCCUUUCUUGAUGUAAUCUUGAGUUGUCAAGGAUGGCAGACACUAAAUCUAUUGGUAAGAGAUGGGAAGACAUGGAAAUUGAUGUCCUAGUAAAGAUAUUCAAGGAAUUAAACAUGAUUGAGCUGGCUCCAGUUUCUCAAGUUUGUCGGUCAUGGCGCUUGGCUUGCUCAGAUCCAUUGAUAUGGAAUACUCUUGAUCUUGGGCUUUUGAAAUCCAAUUUUAUUCAAACCAGGGCAUCACCGUACAUCUGGGUGAACGAAAGGUCUGACAGAAGGCUGACACAAGUGCUGUGGAUUGCAAUGGCACUGAGUCGAGGAAACGUGACUUGCAUGAUAUUCCACUAUAAUCUGUAUAUGAAGGAUGAGCAUCUGAGUUACAUUUCUGAGAGAUCUCCUCAUCUCAAACGGCUAGUUAUGCCAGCUUGGAACCGCAUCACUAAAACUGGAAUCUGCCAAGCUAUCCAGAGGUGGGAAAAGCUGGAAUCACUGACAAUGCCGACAAUCGCUCAUCCACCCUAUAUCAUGGAAGAAAUAAGCAGAAGCUGCAAGAACUUCUCGCAACUUAAGAUCAUGGGUACUUUUGAUGUGCACUUUGCAUCAGCUAUUGCUUCCCAUCUUCCAAAGCUGAAAGUGUUGAGCGUGCGGUGCUCUAUAGUUACGAGGGAAGCCCUGCUGCUUAUUUUGAACUUCAUGGAUAAUCUAGAGGUGCUCAAUAUAUCGCACUGCCUUCUUCUGGAGGGCCUUUCAGCUGCAGGACGUAAACAGGUUUUCAGGGAGCUAGACCACACCAUCCUUGAAAAAGCUUCAAGGCUACGUGAAUUCUUCCAAUGUCAGAGCAGCUUAUGCACUACGUGUCAGAGGAUGAUCAAGGAUGAAGGUCUUAUGAGGUGGUACCAGUAUGAAACCUGGUUUUGGCGCCAGGAUGAGGUGAGCUCUCUUGAUUUGGGAGAUUAUGGUAGGUUGUUUGAUGAGGACGUCAGCAAAGGGUUUCGAGACUGAUUUUCAGUGAUAACGUAGAAAAUAUUUUAGGGAUGCCAACCUUCCUUAGGAGAGUUUCUAUGUAACUUUUCCUAAUAACCAUACAAUAAUAACAGCUUUAAAACUCAUAUCUCGAGUUGUUUUGGGCUUUCUUAUAUUCAAGUAGGGGCAUGAUUUUGAUGGUGUUUGGUAUACUUGAGCAAGUGGGUAUGGGCGAAGAGCUUGCAUGCUAUUUGCUUACGUCAUUUCUGAAAUACCAUACCAAAUUAGCGUCGCUGUUUCUGCAAAGACCAAAUUUUUAACUGACAUAUGAAAUGGAAAAUGUGGAGUGGCAAAUCUUGCAGGAUUUGACACUAUUAGAGCUGUUA